UAUCUGUCUGCUCCCUCGACGCGCUAAUCGAGGCGUCGGUGGAUCGGCUCGCUCGGCUUGGGCAUGGGCGGGGCGGGACGGACGCCCGUCGCGCGGGUGCGCCGGGGGCCGGCGCCAUUUUGCAGGAAGAGGGGCAGCCGGGCCUGUCGGCGAGAAGGAGCCCACCGUCUGCAAUGGCCAAUGUGCUCUGUAACAGAGCAAGAUUGGUCACCUACCUACCAGGGUUUUAUUCCUUAGUCAAAAGAGUUGUAAAUCCCAAGGCUUUUUCUACAGCAGGUUCCUCUGGCUCAGAUGAGCCUCAUGUUGCAGCUACACCUCCUGAUUUAUGUCCAAGAACUGUAUGGCCAGAUGAAGUAAUGGGUCCAUUUGGUCCUCAAGACCAGAGAUUCCAGUUGCCUGGUAAUAUUGGUUUUGACUGUCACCUAAAUGGCACUGCUUCUCAGAAGAAAAGCCAGAUUUCAAAAAGUCUGCCUGAUAUAUUAGCAGAGCCUUCAGCGAGUGAAAGGCAUGAAUUUGUAAUGGCACAAUACAUAAAUGAGUUUCAGGGUGCUGAUGUUCCACAGAAACAGCAAAUAAAUAACGCUGAAACUUACUUUGAAAAUGCAAAGGUAGAAUGUGCAGUGCAAGCUUGUCCUGAACUGUUACGAAAGGAUUUUGAGUCAAUGUUUCCGGAAGUGAAUGCCAACCGCUUAACGGUAUUGACUGUCACCCAGAAGACUAAAAAUGAUAUGACUGUAUGGAGUCAAGAAGUGGAGGAUGAGAGAGAAAUGCUGUUAGAAAAUUUUAUUAAUGGUGCCAAGGAAAUCUGCUAUGCAAUCUGUUCUGAAGGCUAUUGGGCUGACUUCAUUGAUCCAUCCUCAGGACUGGCUUUUUUUGGACCUUACACAAACAACACUUUGUUUGAAACAGAUGAACGCUACCGCCACUUGGGAUUUUCCGUUGAUGAUCUUGGCUGCUGCAAAGUUAUUCGUCACAACAUCUGGGGUACUCAUGUGGUUGUAGGAAGUAUUUUCACUAAUGCUGAACCUGACAGCCCCAUCAUGAGAAAACUAAGUGGAAACUAGCAGUCAUCAGGGUUUAACAAGUUCUUAUGACUCUUGCAUUCUUUUACUUGAUGAUUCUCCCUAAGCGUUGUCAGGAAAUGCCACACUUUAAAGUAUUCUUAGAUAAUAAAGUAGCUGUUAUUUAUUUUAGUUUUUGUGAAUGUGUUCACCACAUGUGACUUCAAAUAUUAAUUGAUAACAUUCAGAUACCUUUAUGUGCCACAUGAAUUUUAAGCUGUGAGUUUCCUUCGUCUUGAACAAAUUUAAACAUACAUGUACAUAGCUAUCUGCAUAUCCUUUUUAAUAUUCUCUUACAAGCCACACUUCUUAACCAUUUUGUCUUUCAGUGUCUAACAAAUCUGUGCUCUUAAUAUUAAAAAAUCCUGAUGCCACUGAAGUUUCUAUGAAUUUUGCCACUUACUGAAAUAAGUGGCAAAAAAAGUGUAAAAGUAAAUACUUAUAAAGUGAAUAAGUAAUAAAAUUUUUCUCGCAGAAUGUAGAGCUUAAUAAAAACAGCAGAAGUUAAUGCUGGACUAAUCACUCAUUUGCUGUUCUAAAAUGAGAAUAAUGAGACAAGCUUUCAGUGGUCACAACUACAAGUAAUACUUCAAUAGGGAAGUGUUCACUCGACUGCUACAUCCAGAGACUCAGCAAUGUAAGACUUUUUAGUCUUAAAACUACUCUAGAAUCAGUCAUCUCUCAAAGUUUUUUGUCUUCAUGUUGCUUGGGAUUUUAUUUUAUCAGUGUUAGCUAAAUAUAUUUAAUUGGUUUAUAUAUGUAAAUGUAAUUUAAAGUUGCUUUUGUAACUUUCUUAGGUCAUUAAAUACAUUGGGGGAAGAUAAUAGGGCAAUGCUUGGAUAUCAUCAUUAUUUUUCUGUACUUGGAUGCAAGUUAGACUCGUCUCUGGAAUUUUGAAAUGCCUGUGCAAAGAGCAAUUACGAUCAAUUAUUGCAAUUAUGAUCAAUUAUAAAAAAUAUUUCAACAGGAGGGUUUCAGUAAACUAGUGUCUUCGGGUGUCAUGAAAACAGUCAGUUCAGUUGAAGUUACUGGAGGGAGAAUAGUGAAGAAAAUUGAAGGCACCUGAAAUUCCACAACUCUGUCAGCUGCCUCACUGCAGAGACUAACUAAGGAACUAGAUUUUAGUCUCAUCACAGUCAGUUAUUGGGGCCAUUUGUUAAUGCACCACUGCAGUAGCUGUGCCAGUUCAUGCAACAAUGGGAAUCCUUCAGUCUUGACUCGGUCAAAAUUUAGUGCAACUUUUGUCUGGCUAAUGGCUGCACAAGAUGAUCAUCUGAGAGGUUUAGCUUCCUUUCAGGUACCUAGGGAUUUUAAUCAUUGUGUCUUUUUCCAAUGUUAACUAUUAUGGAUUUAAAACUUGUUCUAGGUUUGUAUAUGACUUCUAUUCCCUACUCAGGGUCUAAGCCAGUUAUCACCAAAGUCUUUUUUGUUUGGUUGGUUUGGUUUUUGGGGGGUUUUUUUGCUUUAAUGGGUUUAAAACCAGAUCCUCUACCAAGUGCCUGUACCUGUCCUUGUUAAUGAUUGCUGCAAGGCUGUAACUUUGCUGGAUCACGGAGGUGGAAGUGAGAAACGCUUUCCACCAGAGAAGUGAGUGCUGUCCACCCUAAAUUCACUCACUAAGCCAGCAAUUCAGAGGUUAUCUUGCUCACCUACCGUCAUUGUCAUCGCUGUUGGCUCUAGCCUGCGCACAUUCCAAGGUCGACGUGUAUGGCUGUUGAGGCAGGAUUUAUUUCUCUCUUUGUUAAGGAAUUUGUGCUGCAUUUCCAGAACCCAAGUUCUUGACCUCCUCUCUACUGUCCAAGAAAGCUGUAUUACUUUGAAGUCUUUUAUUGAUUUUUUUCUCAUUCUCAUCAAGAGGAUUAAAAAAGCUUGAGAAGC